AUGAGCUCCAAUUUGCAAGCCACGUCGAAUAGUCCAGCUUCGGGGGAAUUAUCCACUUCAAUUUCACGAGAUCCUGGACGUUCAUACAGACCGCCAUCAAUAGAGGGGCUAGACUUCAGUCCUCUUCCACCAGCUGUGGAAGAUGAGCUGGUCCAGCAGCUCUUUACUCCUGUGGAACCAAGCAAUGAAGUUUUAGAAUUGGCGACCGCCGAGCCUCCUGCAUGGUCAUUAGAUGACGAUGGAAUGAACAAUAGUCUUUUUGGAGAUGGCCAACAUGGAGAUGAAAGGGAGUUGGGCCAAGAAAACCAGCGAACGACUAUGUCAACGACCGGCUUAACACCAGCAUCGUUUCCCUCAACCCCAUCCUAUGAACCAACACCAACAACAUUGAGGCCCCAAGAAUGUUCCUCUUCACCUUCGUCAAUUUCCACGCACACCAGCACCUCGUCGUUUUCUGCUUUGGCAUCAUCAACGAGCACCUAUGAAGCUAAAGAUCAAAAUCGAAAACGUUUGAAGAGAAAAGUUGAUGAUACUCGUCUCGAAUCACGACCGCAGGCUUCAUUUGAGAAGGAAGAGGAAUAG